CAACGCGGGUUCAUCCCGUGGUUCCUCCUCAAUGUCUGGAAAAUUCUCUGCCCUUCUUUAAGCGCUCGUCGGAUGCCAGACAACGUGGAUUUGAGUCAACCCAACCGAAAGCUCAUAUUUUGCUCAUAUACAAGUGUGUCUGGUGCACAACGGUAGCACGGUCUCAGCGCAGCUAGUUGGAAGCUGUAAAGUUAAGGUGUAUUUUAUUUUCAGUAGCAUUCACAGAUAACGUUAACGUUAAGUAAGUACAGUUAAGUAUCCAGCGUUAGUUAGCCAGCUAGCGUUCUUGCUGCACUUUGCGUGGUUUGAGAAGUACUUAGUUAGCUUUAGCCACCACUACUAUUAGCCAGUGUUAGUUGGAAUUGUGGUGCAGUUCAGAAGAGUAGGAUCUGAUAUCUGCUACGUGACAAUGACUGCAGAGGAGCAGACAGGUGAAGGACAACACACCAUCCCAAUGGAGGGAGAGGACAUCACACCAAAGAAAGAUGGGGGUGUUUUAAAGCUGGUGAAAAGGGAAGGCACAGGCACAGAGUUGCCUAUGACCGGUGACAAAGUGUUUGUACAUUAUGUGGGCACACUUCUUGAUGGUACUCAUUUUGACUCAAGCAGAGACAGAGGAGAGAAGUUUUCCUUUGAGUUGGGCAAAGGUCAAGUAAUAAAGGCAUGGGACAUUGGCGUAGCCACAAUGAAAGUGGGGGAGUUGUGCCAGCUCAUCUGUAAGCCGGAAUAUGCUUAUGGAUCUGCAGGCAGUCCACCCAAGAUACCCCCCAAUGCAACUCUUGUUUUUGAGGUGGAACUGUUUGAAUUUCGAGGUGAGGACAUAACUGAAGAAGAGGAUGGAGGAAUCGUCCGUCGCAUUAUCACUAAAGGCCAGGGAUAUUCCAAGCCUAAUGAAGGGGCUACUGUUGACGUAACUAUGGAGGGUAUCUGUGAGGGACGUGUAUUUGACGAGAGAGAAUUGAAGUUUGAGAUUGGAGAUGGAGAGGGUCUUGGCUUGCCAGUUGGAGUGGAGAAAGCUAUUAUGGCUAUGGAGCAGGGAGAGGAGGCACUCUUCAAUAUUAAGCCUAAAUAUGGCUUCGGGAAUGCAGGCAUUGCAAAGUAUAACAUUCCUGCCGGAGCAACACUGCAAUACAAAAUCAAGCUGACAGCCUUUGAGAAGGCUAAGGAAUCGUGGGAGAUGAACACGAUAGAGAAGCUAGAACAGAGCAGCCUGGUCAAAGAGAAGGGAACACAGUAUUUUAAGGAGGGAAAAUACAAGCAGGCUUCAGUGCAGUACAAAAGGAUUGUGUCGUGGCUGGAACAUGAAUCUGGUUUGACCGAGGAGGACGAGAAGAAUGCAAAAGCAUUGCGGCUAGCGGCUCAUCUGAACUUGGCCAUGUGCUUCAUUAAGCUACAGGAGCCAACCCAAGCCCUAGAAAAUUGUGACAAGGCUCUGGAGUUGGAUCCGUCUAAUGAGAAGGCUUUGUUCCGAAGGGGAGAGGCACUGUUUGGUAUGAAGGAAUAUGACAGAGCAAGAGAUGACUUCCAGCAGGUCGUUCAACUGUAUCCUGCCAACAAGGCUGCCAAGAGCCAGGUGGCUCUUUGUCAGAAACGUAUUAAGGAGCAGCAUGAGAAGGACAAACGCAUUUAUGCCAACAUGUUCCAGAAAUUUGCAGAGAGGGAUUCAAAGAAAGAAGCAAAGAAGGUGAAGAGUGAGAGCAAGGAGAACGGCGAUGGUGAGAUGGAAGUUGAGAACGGAGAAAAGGAAGUUGCGUGCGAAGCAAAGGCAUAGAUAAAUCUGAACUUUAGACUUUUGUAACUUCAGCCAUUUGUGUUUAGUGUGUGUGUGUGUGUACAUGAGGUGUAUGUGAGACAGUGUGUCAAUGAGAGCACUGACUUUGGGAGCGUCUUCGCUGGCUUUCUGUGUCUGGGCUUUUUGCUGUGGCAGCUACCCGAGCGGGUGGGACUUCUCCAGCUGAUGGCACUGUGGGACGUGGUUUUAAGAAACGAGUUGUGUGCUACAACCAACCCCC